CCGCGGUCUACUCUAUCGUAUGCGUGGUGGGGGUGGUCGGCAAUGUCCUGGUCAUGUAUGUGAUUAUAAGAUACACCAAGAUGAAAACGGCCACCAACAUCUACAUAUUUAACUUGGCGCUGGCAGAUGCACUGGUCACAAGUACGCUGCCUUUCCAGAGCGUCAACUAUCUGAUGGGCACCUGGCCUUUCGGGACCAUUCUGUGCAAGAUCAUCAUGUCCAUUGACUACUACAACAUGUUCACCAGCAUCUUCACCCUCACCACCAUGAGUGUCGACCGCUACAUUGCCGUGUGCCACCCAGUCAAGGCCUUGGAUUUCAGGACGCCGCGCAACGCCAAGAUUGUCAACGUGUACAUCUGGAUCUUGUCCUCUGCCAUCGGGAUCCCGGUCAUGGUCUUAGCCGCCACCGUCACUGACGACAGGAGGUACAAUACUCCUAAUCCCAUCACCGACUGCAACCUUCAGUUCCCCCACCCGUCCUGGUACUGGGAGAUCCUGGUGAAGAUCUGCGUCUUCAUCUUCGCCUUCGUCAUGCCCGUCCUCAUCAUCACCGUGUGCUACGGCCUGAUGAUCCUGCGGCUGAAGAGCGUGCGCAUGCUGUCGGGCUCCAAGGAGAAGGAUCGCAACCUGCGGCGCAUCACGCGCAUGGUCCUGGUGGUGGUGGCCGUCUUCAUCAUCUGCUGGACGCCCAUCCACAUCUUCGUCAUCAUCAUCGCGCUGGUGGCCGUGCCGCCGUCGCUGCUCCAGACGGUCACCUGGCACUUCUGCAUCGCGCUGGGCUACACCAACAGCUGCCUCAACCCCGUGCUCUACGCCUUCCUGGACGAGAACUUCAAGCGCUGCUUCCGCGAGUUCUGCAUCCCCACGCCGUCCGUGCUGGACCUGCAGAACUCGUCGCGGAACACGCGGAACCCGCCCGGGGGCCGCGACGGCCAGUCCACGGGCCAGACGGUGGUCCGGUCCAACCAGCAGGUAUGACUAGCCUUGGAGACGUCGUCGGUGGAGGUGUGCGGGCAGCAUUGUGACGACAUGAAUUCUGAGCUCACGCAGGAGACCACGGGGCUGUGAUGCCCCAAACUUGCUAGAUGGUCUGUUUCACACACACACACACACACACACACAGAGACCAUGUACACAGACACACACACACGCAUGCAUAUAUACACACACACACACACACACACAGACACGCACACACAGACACACACACGCACAUUCAAAAGAGCAUACACAUAGAGAGCCAUGCAAAUCUGAAUGGUGAUACAAGCUUUGGCUGCAGUCAGCUCGCAAGCCCAGUAAGGCUUGCGCUUCGCUUUUUUCCAUUCAAUGUACGUACAUACAGUAUGGUAUGGUUUUGGUAAAUGUCAUGUGUUGUUCAAGGAGAGGAUUUCAUGUUUCAGCCUUCACAAAGAGUCUUGGAAGUCAUUGAAAAAAGCUUUGUGCUGUCUGCUUUAUAUAGUAUGUCCUGCAGAAUGUAUGGUUUGUGUUUUGUCUGAAAUUUGUGUUUAUGUGUUGUCUGUUUGCUUUUUAAAUGCUCUUUGGUUUUGUAAAGUGAAUCUUUGGCCUUUCUGUUCUUGGUAGUUACCAGUGCAAAACUAUUUCUUCAACAUGUCCCAUUGAAUAAUGUUGUAUACUGAAAGUACAUUCAAUAUAUAUAAUAUAUUGAAUAUUUAUCAAAUAAAGAGAACAGUGUAACUUCAGCCUUGAAAGCCUUUAAAAUGGCAUGUACAUACAUUAGUUCAGUUAGUUUCAUGUAAAUAGUAUGUUUUAUAUAUUUUAAAUACUACACAAUGCUUGGUUUAAUUAAGCUUGAAUUUGAAAUUGAAAUGUAGAAAUGUACCCAUUUCCAACAUGUUGGCAGUCUUAAAUAACACUAGCACGCAUUGUUUUUGGAUUCCAAAGGAUUCCGGUGACAAUUGUGUCAGAGCUUUUGUGACACAGCAAUCGACGCUUGUCAUGUUUCAGUGGUGCCGUGCUUUUGUUGCACUGUGAACAUGCUGUCAUUGUGCUAUUGAAAUGAUAGAAAUGUCAUUUAAAGACAAUUGUUCUUGUGUAAUGAAUCAUGUUAUGCCACUUAUUUUUCAAUAUGCAUGAAUGAAAAGUUACAUUUUGAUGUAAUAAUAAUCACGGUUGAUCGAUGAGUAUCAAUGUAAAUGAUAAAUUAUGGCUUUGAAUGUUUUUAUACGAAAUAAGUGCUUAAAUAAAUCCACCUCUGUAU